AUGUCAAAAGCCUCCAAACUCACCCUCCUGGGAACCUCCCUCUUCGCGCUGGGCACAGUCGUCUUCGUGCACUACCAGCAAAAGGCCGAGCAACAAGCCAUGCACCAAGGCGUAAUCCGCGACAUGGAACAACAACGCCUAAAACGCGAGCGACAAGCCGACUUCGACAUGCAGCGCGCCCUCGAGGCCGAGUACAAAAAGGACCAAAGCGUCAGGGACACAACCGCCGAGAUGGACCCAGCAUUGUCAAAUAGAGGGGGGUUGAACGUGCCGGUAGCCAGGUAG